UGAAACACACACAGCUUAUUGCAUUCACUGGUUUCUCUAGAGGUAGAGCGAUGCUGUAUCUCUCUGCUUUGAUCUUUUUUCUUGUAACAUAUGCAGAGGCACAAAGCAUAGUACAUGACCAGAUUUCUAAAGUAAAACGUGGAGAUGGACAGGCAACAGCUCGUAUCACUUGCCGGGUCACCAAUAGCCAAUAUGUUCAUUGGUAUAUGCAGAAACCAAAUAAAGGAUUGAAAAGGAUUUUAUAUAUGAGAGGUGACAAAGAUAUACAUGAAGAUGGAUUUACCAAGGCAAAGUAUGAAGCCAGUAAAACAUCAAACAAAUAUGCAUUAAACAUUUAUAAAGUAACAAAUGAAGACGAGGGCACUUAUUAUUGUGCAGCCUGGUACUACAGAUCCACACUAAUACAAAGCCACAGGAAGUCUAAACAAAUAGUUAAAGAACUAACAUAUGAGAAGCAAGUCAACAGAUGUUGUUCUUAUGUGAAAGAUUUUGUAAAGGAGAAUUGCACAGUGUUUGGCAAAGUGUUUGGCCGUGGUACACAGCUCUUUAUAACAGAUCAGACAGCAAGAAAACCAGAUGUGACUAUCUUAGCUACAUCUAAGGAAGUUGCGAAGGAUAUAGGAUCUGUAACGUUACUGUGCAGCCUACAGAAUUUCUUUCCUAAUGCGAUCUCUGUGAAGUGGACUGAAAAAAACACAGAGCUGGGAUCAGAAAAGGGAGAAAUUAUAAAGAAUGCAUCCACCAACAUGUAUUCACUUUACAGCUGGAUUACAAUAAAAAACCCUGAUAUCGGUAAAAUUUAUAAAUGCAGCUACAAACACGAGGGAAAUGUAAAGCCAUGGGAAGAAAUCGAAUAUGAUACAAAAAUUUUAAAGGAUACAAUUCAGGUUGAAACUAAAAUUGAAAACUGCACAAAUUCUCCAGGAGAUGAUGAUGCCAGACAUAUGAUAAUACGAGCAGCACAACUUACUUACUCAUUAUUACUCUUAAAAUGUCUUCUGUAUUGUCCACUUCUGCUUGUCUUUAAAUACAAAUUCCCAAAGUGAUUUUAUGUUUUUCAGCAGUACAUAUAUGUUUGUUGUACUUCAUAAUCUAUGCUUUCAAUGACUGCUUCAGAGUUAUGUAGUAGUGUCUCGUGUCUAUAUAGCUUAAUGCUUAUGAAAUCAGCUUAUGUUGCAAUACACAUUUAUAAUAAAAAUGAGAAGUAAUUAAAAUAUCAUU